AUGUUGCAGGAUCGUGAGGCUGCCCACGUUCUGCUGUCCGUCGGUGCGCACACAGCUCAAGGCUGCCAGUUGCCGCGUGAUCAAAGUCACAGAAGCUGUCCUGUUCACCAUGAAGAAAGAUGCCUACGCUGUCGCAGGCACGACGUCCCACCACCAGAUGACGGUGAAUGGCAUCGCAUCAUGGUGUUGAGGCCGGUAGCUGAAGCGGAGAUGGUGCGGCCGGGCACUAUCGAAAAGCUCUCGAUGAAGCUUGGCAAGGAGGGUGGCCGCACCAUGGCAGCAAUGAAAGAUGGCGCGAGGAUCCGAACUAUCUGGCAUGGGUCUAGCCAACGGACCAGGAAACGCCGCAGCGGAGCGAUGGCAGUGUCGCGGAUCCUCGUGGUUCAGGAUCCGGUCGGCGGCAUGCCGAAAAUUUCCCACGAUAUCCCAAGUGACGCGGGACCGUUGGGCAGAAUGGGAGAAUCACAGACGUUGGGUGGACGCUGCGAUAGCGCAGCGUCGGAUCGGCUUCUUCGGCGCUUGGAGUAUCUGGAACGGGAGAACCAAGAUUUGCGUGAUAUCGGACGUCGACAAGAUGAAGCGUGGGACGGUGUCCCGUGUUUGCGGGGGUAG